AAUCCGCGAAGAGCAUCCUCAAGGUCUGUCUUCGUCCUCGAACAUUGCACUCGAAGGUCUCCCGCAAGCCACCGUACAAGGCCUUCGAUUCCUCAACAUGGAACACAAGAGUCAAUACUACGAUUCGAAAGCAGCAGAGGCCGGAGUACUUGACCCUUCCCCAGAAUAUGGAGACAUGUCCGGCAUGGGGCAGACGAUCAAACGGGACCUGCGACGCAGGCACAUCAAUAUGAUUGCCUUGGCUGGCAUGAUAGGCACAGGUCUCUUCCUCGCAUCUGGUCAAGCAAUAGCACUUGCAGGUCCUGUCGGUGCGCUACUGGGCUACAUCGUGAUGGGCUUCAUCACCUGCGGUGUCGCAUUGUGCACUGGAGAACUGUCGGCCUUCAUGCCUAUCACCGGUGGCUUUGUCCGUCAUGCGAGCUAUUUCGUUCAACCUGCGCUUGGGAUGGCUACCGGCUGGAACUUUUGGUACACUAUGGCCAUCACAGCACCGGCUGAGCUCUCCGCGGCAGCAACAAUCAUCGACUUCUGGGAUACUACCACCAACCAAGCCGUCUGGUUCAGUGUCUUUAUCGUCGUCAUCGCCGUUCUCAACUUCUCUGGUGUUCGCUGGUACGGCGAAUCCGAAGUCGUAUUUGCGUUCCUGAAGAUCACCCUCAUCAUCGGCCUGAUCAUCGCUGGAAUCGUUGUCGAUCUCGGUGGCGGUCCAGAUCAUGACAGAAUCGGCUUCCGGUACUGGAAGAAUCCCGGCCCAAUGAACACCUACCUUGUCUACGGCGACAAGAACACAGGACGAUUCCUUGCAUUUUGGAGUACACUUAUUUCAGCAUCCUACAGUUACGCCAACGUACAGGUUGUGGCACUCGCAGGAUCUGAAACCAGAAACCCAAGAAGUUUAAUUCCCAAUGCUAUCAAGAUGACCUUCUGGCGCGUGGCCAUCUUCUACAUCCUCAGCUUAUUCGUUGUCGGCCUCCUCGUCCCAUACAACGACCCCAACCUUGGUAUCAGCACCGGCAAUGCGCAACAAAGUCCCUUUGUCAUCGCUUUCCAACGAGCCGGUAUCAAUGUACUUCCCUCCAUCAUCAAUGCCGUUGUGUGCACUUCCGCUUUCAGCUGCGGAUCCGCAUGUAUCUUCCUUGCCUCUCGAACACUAUACGGUCUUGCCGAGGAACGACAAGCACCCCGCAUCUUUCUCAGAGUCAAUCGAUUCGGCACUCCGUGGGUUGCUGUUCUUGGUUCCCUGAUUUUCUUGCCAUUGGUCUAUCUCAGUCUGGGCAGCAAUUCAUCCGUCGUUUUCGGGUGGUUCGUCAAUAUCACCUCGGUUGCUGGCCUCAUUGGCUGGGUCGUCAUCCAAGUCUCUUUCCUCAGGUUUUAUUAUGCAAUGAAGUAUCAGGGCAUCAGUCGAAAUCGUUUGCCGUACAAAAGCCCCCUUCAGCCAUAUAUGGCUUGGACAACGCUGGGUGCAUUGAUACUCGUCGUCCUGUUUUGUGGGUACAGCGUCUUCUUCCCAGGCAACUGGAGCACGUCGGCGUUUAUCACAUACUAUAUCGACAUUGCCAUCUUCAUCUUCCUCUGGGCCGUUGCGUGGCUGUUCUACCGCACCAAGCCGCUCAAACUGUCUCAGAUCGACCUGUCUGAAAUCGAGCAGAUAGAAAGAGAAAAAGAGCUCGAACAAGUCGAGCGCGAUCUGAGGUCGUGGUGGAGACUGUACAUCAUCUGAGAAGAUGUAUAGUACCAUGAAGGCACAUUCAGAUUUCCGUGUCUUUCCUGGAGCAAUCAA